AACCGAGAAUUGAAAUAGACAAAAAAUAACAAUUUAGAUAAAAAGUCCAAUAAAAAACACUGAUGAAAAAUUCGCUGCUAAAUUUCAUCCAUCGUAGUUGCAUUGACAAAAAAAUAUUAAACUCUUAUGACCACAAUUGUCAUUCGUUCUUGAUUAUUCUGCAAUAUUACACGUGCUUUAUUAUGAGUUCAAACGAGGAUUCCGAUUUGGAAGAAGCCGCCGAACGGGCACUUGGAAAAUUGAUACCAGCAGCUUCAAGGCUUAAAUACGAAAAAGCGUACGAAGAAUUGAGGAAGUGGUGUGAAUCAAAGCAUGUAAAGGAAAUCAAUGAGAAAAAGUUGCUCGCUUAUUUCGAUGUUCACUUGGGAAAAGUGAAAGCAUCGACCGCAUGGAGUACGUAUUCGAUGCUGAAAAAGACGUUACGGGUAAAGGAGAAUAUCGACAUCAGCACGUACAACAAUUUACGGGAACUAUUGAAGCGGAAAGAAGACGACUAUUUUGCGAAGAAAUCGAAAAUCCUGACGCUGGAAGAAAUUUAUCGAUUCAUUAAGGAAGCGCCUGAUGAAAUUUAUUUGGUGACGAAGGUUGCUCUCAUUAUCGGUGUGUAUGGUGCCUGUCGGCGAAGCGAAUUGUUGAAGAUGAGCGUUAAUCAUAUUGAGUACGGGGAGAAUUACAUCAGGAUUGUCGUUCCGAAAACGAAGACCCGAAUUGAUCGUGACUUUUUCAUCGACGUUGGUGGUGACCCAGACGUUAAUUUGAUCGCCAUUGUCAAACGAUACGCGGCACUGCGCCCACCAUCAGUUACUAUUGAACGAUUCUUCUUGGGCUAUCGCAAAGGAAAAUGUAUUAGCCAACCAAUCGGCAUCAACACGUUCGGAGGGUAUCCGAAAGCAAUUGCCGUGUUUCUAAACUUGCAAUCACCGAGUGAGUACACAGGUCAUUGUUUUCGCCGAUCAGCCGCUUCGAGAUUGGCAGAAGCAGGUACACCUCUAAUUGAUAUAAAACGACACUGCGGAUGGGAAAGCGACAGAGUGGCCGAGGGAUAUAUUGUAAGAUCUGAAAACAACAAGCGGAAACUGGCUAACAACAUCAUGGGAGCGAAUAAAAGAAAAAAGACCGAUGUUCCGACAGCUCAAGGCAAUUCAAUGGGAGCACAGACGAAUUGUGCUGCGAUUCCGUCGACUUCAAGCGCUGCCGAAUUAAACGAACAAUUGAUGGGUGAAACGAUGAAGCGUCGUACCAUUGCGUCUGAUUUGACUGAUGUGGAAUUGGGUGGGCAAUUGUUAGAUCGACAUACGAAUCAUGCUGCCAUUCCGGUAACUUUGGGCAAUUCAAUUGGAGGUCAGACGAAUCGUUCUGCAAUUGCGUCGACUUCAAGCGCUGCCGAAUUAAACGAGCAAAUGAUGGGCCUACCGAUGAAACGUAUUGACAUUCCGUCGACUUCAGAUGCUGGCCAGUUCAAUGAAGAAUUUGAUGAAUCUAUAUUUCGAUGCUUCAGUCAAGUUGUUUGCGAAAACAACGAUAAUCCGAUUACGGAAAGCUUGAACGACGAAAAUUGUGCGCCUGGUCCGGCCGAAAACUUCACCAUCGUUUCGAGUCAAACGCGUAAGGCUGUUCCAUCAGCGAAUACAUUCUCGCAUUUACAACAUUGUACCUUCAACAUUUACCAAAAAUAAAAUGCUUCUGCGAUAA